AUGACAAGUUCGGAUAGGAUGACAAAAGCUAUGUCCAUAUUAAAAGAGUUUGAAGAGAAGUGUUCUACACCAAUUGGAAAACUGAGACAAGUUGCUGAUGCUAUGACUGCUGAGAUGCAUGCUGGUCUUGCUUCUGAAGGUGGUACCAAGCUUAAGAUGCUUAAUAGCUAUGUUCAUAAUCUCCCUACUGGACAUGAACAUGGGUUAUUUUAUGCUUUGGAUCUCGGCGGCACAAACUUCCGUGUGUUGCGUGUACAGUUGGGUGGAAGAGAUGGGUGUGUUGCUAAACAAGAAUUUACCGAAGUCUCGAUUCCUCCUGAACUGAUGACUGCCACUUCAGGUGAGCUAUUUGAUUUCAUUGCGAAGGAACUCGCAAGAUUUAUAGCUACAGAAGAAGAUUUUUUCCUCCCUCCUGGUAGUCAGAGGGAAUUGGGUUUCACCUUUUCAUUCCCUGUCAAGCAAUUAUCAAUCGCGUCUGGAACUCUUAUUAGGUGGACAAAGGGUUUCUCCAUUGACGACGCGGUUGGUAAAGAUGUAGUGGUAGAACUAACCAAGGCCUUAGACAGACAGGGGAUUGACAUGCGUGUGGCAGCUCUGGUGAACGGUACAAUUGGUACAUUAGCUGGAGGCGAAUACUUCAAUAAUGAUGUUGCAGCUGCAGUUAUUUUAGGAACUGGAACAAACGCAGCAUAUGUAGAGCGUGCACAUGCCAUUCCCAAAUCAGGAGAAAUGGUAAUCAACACGGAGUGGGGUAACUUCCGGUCAUCACACCUUCCUGUUACUGAAUACGAUCAGGCUUUGGACCAGGACAGUCUUAACGUUGGUGAACAGAUUUUUGAGAAGAUAAUUUCUGGGAUGUACUUGGGGGAUAUUGUGCGUAGAGUCCUCUGCAAAAUGGCUGAAGAGGCUGGAUUUUUUGGUGAUAUUGUUCCAUCAAAACUUAAGACUCGAUUCGUUUUGAGGACUCCUGAAAUGUCUGCCAUGCAUCAUGACACAUCCCCUGAUUUGGCAGUGGUUGGAAGCAAAUUGAAGGACAUCUUUGGGAUAUCUGAUACUAACCUUGAAACAAGAAAAUUGGUUGUAGAUCUCUGCAACAUUGUUGCAACACUUGCUGCCCGUCUUUCGGCUGCAGGGAUCUUGGGUAUUUUGAAGAAGAUGGGAAAAGACACGGUAAAGGAAGGAGAUAAGCAGAGAAGUGUUGUAGCCGUGGAUAGAGGUUUAUUUGAGCACUACACCAAAUUCAGAUCCUGUUUGAAGAGCACCCUCAAUGAGUUACUCGGAGAUGAAGUUGCACACACGGUUGUUAUUGAGCAUGCAAAUGAUGGCUCUGGAAUUGGAGCUGCUCUUCUUGCAGCUUCUCAUUCUCAGUAUCCCGGAGUUUAA